AUGGACCCGGUGCCGGGUCUGGUCAAGGAGGAGGAGGAGGAGGGCGCCCACGGGAGAGGCGAUUCGCCGGCGGUCGGGGCGGCGCCAAGGCCGAUGGAGGGGCUGCACGACGCCGGGCCGCCGCCGUUCCUGACGAAGACGUACGACAUGGUCGAUGACCCCAACACCGACAGCAUCAUGUCGUGGAGCGCCGGCAACAACAGCUUCGUGGUGUGGGAUCCGCACGCCUUCGCCACGGUGCUGCUGCCCAGGCACUUCAAGCACAGCAACUUCUCCAGCUUCGUCAGGCAGCUCAACACCUAUGGCUUCAGAAAGGUGGAUCCUGACAGAUGGGAGUUCGCCAAUGAGGGUUUCCUACGGGGACAGAGGCACCUUCUGAAGAACAUCAGGCGUCGUAAACCUCCCGCUCAUACUGCCUCAAAUCAGCAGUCCCUUGGAUCUUACCUUGAGGUGGGGCACUUCGGAUAUGAUGCAGAGAUUGACCGGCUGAAAAGGGACAAGCAACUGUUGAUGGCAGAAGUGGUGAAGCUAAGGCAGGAACAGCAGAACACGAAGGCGCGUCUGAAAGCCAUGGAGGAUAGGCUACGUGGUACCGAGCAGAAGCAGCAGCAGAUGACUUCAUUCAUGGCACGUAUCUUGCGGAACCCUGAAUUCUUGAAGCAACUGAUUGCCAAGAAUGGGAUGAGGAAGGAGCUCCAUGACGCUAUCUCGAAGAAAAGGAGGCGCCGCAUUGACGGUGGACCUGAAGCUUAUGCCGUGGGUGCUAGUAGCAGCAGCCUGGAGCAAGAGUUGCCUGUUGUGUUUGAUUCUCAUGGGUCAGUGGAACUUCUUGCCGAGGGGUCGGUGCCGGUGGAACUCCUUGCUGACGGGAUCCCACCCGAUCUGGAAGGCUCAGUGGAACUCCUUGCUGACGAGAUCCCACCUGGCCUGGAAGGUUCAGUGGCACUCCUUGCUGACGGCCUGGAAGGUUCCGUGGAACUCCUUGUUGAUGGGAUUCCAUCUGAUCUCGACGGCUCAGGUAUCGACUCUAACGGCGUAACAGAGCCACAGGAUUAUGGUCUCGGUACCUGUGAAGCGCAGCAGAACAGAGCCCCGGGGCUGUUCCAUGAUAAUUUCUGGGAGGAGCUGCUGAACAAAGGACUCAGCGUUGAGAACGACGAGCCGGUUAACGUAGACGGCAUGGAUGUGCUGUCUGAGAAGAUGGGACCAGGGGAUAACAGUUCCGACGAAUGCACCCAAAGUUUGCACAGAGGCAAUUGA